AUGUCUUUGAUCCUCAGCAGCAGCAGUGACAUCUCAGGGGGGAGUACUGAAACGGUCACUCUCGAUUUCGCGGAGGAGAAUCCUGCAUGUGAAUACCAAGUCAAGGACAGAAGCAUGGCACGACUGACCCCGCCUGACGCCAGCCACCUGGGCAACCAUGACCUUGGAACCUGA